AUGGCUCCUGGUGAAAGCUUUGGGGUCUUUGAGCCACCGUCACCGAACCUUCUCACGGAAUCCAUGAAAAGACUGACUUUGAAGCGAGCGAGUGGUAGCCAUAGCUCUGCUUCUAGCACCACGAACGAAUCCAAGACCAAUUCCUCUAGACCUUCGAUCUCGGACAGUGGUCGCCGGCGCUCUAGCCUCAGCUCAUUCUCUUCAAGAUUAAAGAAGUCUACGAAGAGCAGGUCGAGCACGAGCGAGAGGAUAUUACCUAGAAUCGCGGAAAAGCGCAGGUCAGGCGACUGGACUUUGGGCCAACGCUUCUUCGACCUACCAGCUGAGAUCCAGACUGCGAUACUUGCCUACCUCGAUACAAGCGAACUACUCUCUCUCCGAUCGACGUCGAAAGCGAGCCAUGCCAUCUUCCAAGCUAAUGCUGCGACAAUAGCACGAAAUGCAUUGCUUCCCACGCCGCAAGAAUCGAACGAUCAGUGUUCUCCGUAUGUGCUGAUAGAGCUUUAUCCUUCACUCUUCUGCUCAGCUUCGACCGAUUCCUACCUCCUAAGAUGCUUACGCAGGCAGUCGCUGGUUGCCAGACAGCUCAAAAUUGUCCUUGCUUUCAUACAGUUCAGGAGCUAUAUGCUGCGUUUGACCAGGAAUCUUCCGAGUGAACAGUUUGCACCAUACAAGCAAGGAUUGACUACGAGACUCUUCCAGCCCCUUGUGUGUAUACAGCAUUUCUUCGAGACAAUCAGACACCUGAUAGUAUUCUCGCAUCCUGAUCACCUCUCCCCGCGACUCAAAAUCGACCAGUGUCCAGCUUGCAUGGGCACAGUUAAAGCUACCAUCUCCACCUAUCCCGAAAACCAACUCGUAGCAAUCUACCAAAUCAUGCAGCUCCUCAUUCAACAUUUCAGAACAGCAACGCGCUCACCUUCUUCCAUAUCGAUCUUCGAACGCAAACUCAAAGGGUGGAACUACGGCCCACCACCAGAAGAGCACAUGUCCCAACUAAUUCUCCUCGGUGGUCUCCAGGAGCUAAGCAAAAUAGAUGAAAUGCAAGGAAGCUAUGGCAAACGAAUCGGCGUGGUCAAGGGCUACUCGGAACUAGUCACCGAAGCAGUCAGGAUCAACGGCCUCGCCUUUCCGGACUUCUACCAGACGCAGACUGAUCCCAUCAUGGCGAUGGCCAUGGGUUCCGGAUCGUCCAAGAAAGACAAGAGAAAACAACCAUCACCAUCUGCAAAACCAUCCCUAUUACCAUCGCGACUAUCGCGCAGAGACAAAGAAGACGUACGCACGGCGAUCGAAGGCCGAGCAGACGAGGUCCGCACCAUGAAGAGCUUGGACAUCAGACUUGACCAGCUGACUGAGGGAGUCCUUGCCUCAAUACCCAAGCUGGACAACUUCCUCGUGGGGCCGGAAACACUUCUCGCGAAGCGCAUCAUGCACCUGGGGCUUGUCAACGAUGAGAGAGAAUUGCUCAACCCGUAUGGGUUUGUGACGAGCUUGAUGGCAAAGAGUUACAGGCCUGCGGAUGAUGUUGAGGUGGUUGGCGAGGGGAAUGAUGGGAAUGGCUGA